ACUCAAUUACCCCCUUUUCUCACUCUCUCCAGAAGCUCCAGAUGGCGUCUUCUGUGGGCAACGUGGCCGACAGCACAGAACCAACGAAACGUAUGCUUUCCUUCCAAGGGUUAGCUGAGUUGGCACAUCGAGAAUAUCAGGCAGGAGAUUUUGAGGCAGCUGAGAGACACUGCAUGCAGCUGUGGAGACAAGAGCCAGACAAUACUGGAGUACUUUUAUUACUUUCAUCUCUACACUUCCAGUGUCAAAGGCUGGACAGAUCUGCCCACUUUAGUACUCUGGCAAAUAAACAGAACCCUCUUCUGGCAGAAGCCUAUUCGAAUUUGGGGAAUGUGUACAAGGAAAGAGGGCAGUUGCAGGAAGCGAUUGAGCAUUACCGGCAUGCAUUGCAUCUCAAACCAGAUUUCAUCGAUGGUUAUAUUAACCUGGCAGCCGCUUUGGUAGCAGCAGGCGACAUGGAAGGGGCAGUACAAGCUUACGUCUCUGCUCUUCAGUGCAAUCCUGAUUUGUACUGUGUUCGCAGUGACCUGGGGAACCUGCUCAAAGCCCUGGGUCGCUUGGAAGGAGCCAAGGCAUGUUAUUUGAAAGCAAUGGAGACGCAACCGAACUUUGCAGUAGCUUGGAGUAAUCUUGGCUGUGUUUUCAAUGCACAAGGGAAGAUUUGGCUUGCAAUUCAUCACUUUGAAAAGGCUGUCACCCUUGACCCCAACUUUCUGGAUCCUUAUAUCAAUAUAGGAAAUGUCUUGAAAGAGGCACGGAUUUUUGACAGAGCUGUGGCAGCUUACCUUUGUGCCCUAAGCUUGAGCCCAAAUCAUGCAGUGGUACGUGCCAACCUGGCUUGUGUAUACUAUGAGCAAGGCCUGAUAGAUCUGGCAAUAGACACCUACAGGCGAGCUAUUGAAUUGCAACCACAUUUCCCUGAUGCUUACUGCAACCUAGCCAACGCUCUGGAAGAGAAGGGCAGUGUUGCCGAAGCAGAAGAGUGUUAUAAUACAGCUCUGCGGCUGUGUCCCACCCAUGCAGACUCUCUGAAUAACCUAGCCAAUAUCAAAGGAGACCAGGGAAACUUUGAAGAGGCAGUUCGCUUGUAUUGUAAAGCAUUAGAAGUCUUCCCAGAGUUUGCUGUUGCCCAUUCAAAUUUAGCAAGUGUAUUGCAGCAGCAGGGAAAACUGCAGGAAGCUCUGAUGCAUUAUAAGGAGGCUGUUCGAAUCAGUCCUACCUUUGCUGAUGACUACUGUAACAUGGGAGACACCCUAAAGGAGAUGCAGGAUGUUCAGGGAGGCUUGCAGUGUUAUACUCGUGCCAUUCAGAUUAACCCUGCACUUGCGGAUGCCCACAGCAAUCUGGCUUCCAUUCACAAGUAUUCAGGGAAUAUUCCAGAAGCAAUUGCUUCUUAUCGCACUGCUCUGAAGCUUGAACCUGAUUUUCCUGACGCUUAUUGUGAUUUGGCUCAUUGCCUGCAGAUUGUCUGUGAUUGGACAGACUAUGAUGAGCGAAUGAAGAAGUUGGUCAGCAUUGUGGCUGACCAGCUGGAGAAGAAUAGGUUGCCUUCUGUGCAGCCUCAUCAUAGUAUGCUCUAUCCUCUUUCUCAUGGCUUCAGGAAGGUUCUCAUGGCUGAGAGCCAUGGGAACCUCUGCUUGGAUGAGAUCAGUGCCCUUCAUAAACCACCGUACGAACAUCCAAAAGACUUGAAACUCAGUGAUGGUCGACUGCGUGUAGGAUACGUGAGAGUGGCUACUGUAAUCAUUGACGACGGAACAAACCUCAUUAAAGAAACUUCCUUGACUUCAGCUCAACGUGUUGAACUAUCAGCGCCUGGACCUCGCUGGCUUCCUGAGCGCUUAGUCAAGCAAAUAGAUGGCUCGCCACAGCUCACAACUAGUUCAGAAGAUGAAGAAACUCUGCAUCUCUCCCGAAAAUUUGACAGUGUUGAUUCAGAAGAAGAAAAAGAAGAGGAGAGCACUUGCCAGGACGACUCAAAGGAGUGA